CCAUUGUUACAACAAAAAUAUUUUUAAUUUAUUUAGUGCUGCUCUGUUUAUUGUAAAUAUACUUCCGGAGAACACGUACGUUGCAAGAAAAUGACAUUUCUGACGUCGUGGGAAGAAUUUGCUAAGGCCGCAGAAAGAUUAUAUACCAAUGACCCAAUGAAGUGUCGCUUCGUCACAAAGUAUCGCCACUGUGAUGGGAAGCUAGAGGUGAAAAUUACAGAUGAUUCUGUUUGUUUGCAGUACAGAACUGAAAUGGCACAAGAUGUCAAGAAACUGGAAAAGCUCACUAACCAGUUAAUGAGACAUAUGGCCUCAAAGGAGAAGUGAACAUUGGAUUUAUAAAAUGCAUUGGCUUUAAGCCUAUAACUGAAAACUCCAGUUUAAUUAAGCAGAAUGCACACAAAAGACAUUUUGUCACUCAGUGGUUACAGGAAAUUUUAUUAUGAAAACAAGGAGUCAAAUGACAAGUGCUUGAAAAUUUCAGGAGUUGGAUGAAAUUUUCAGGAGUCAAAGUACAGAAGCACAGAUCUCUUUUUAUGUGCAUACUAGCUGAACUCUCUGUAAAUAUUGAAUAAUUAAACCUUUUAGUCAAAUAGUAAGCAAUUUAAAACUCUUUUAUUAGAUGCAAUACGUUAUUGAUCUAUCAUCUUGUUUACAUCAACAUGAUGCAAAGCAGAUAAUAAGCAUGAGUCAAAAGUGAAAUCAUAGCAAAAUCUUGCAUCAAAAGGCAGGAUUCUGAUUGAAUUGAGAUGCCUGUGACUUAUAAAUGUGCAUUUGUUUGAAGUAGAUUGAGAUAAUGUAAAGCAACAUGCCAAGUGGCUGAAAGUUUUAAAACUAACUUUUCUCAAAGAAAGAAAUCCUGGUCUGUUGAUAAGGUAACAACUUUGUUAAGCUAUUCCCAUAACACCAAUCAGUGAUUGCAAAUAUGAAAAGUGAUGUUAUAGAUACGAUCUUUUGUCCUGUUUUUUAGGUCAAUUUGAUUGUGCACAUUCGUUUACCUUGAUUUUCGGAGGUUUGUGGAAACUGCUUGUAUAUUGUUUAUAUUUAUUAUGUUUUGCUAUUUGAUGUAAAAAGAUUUAAUAAACUUCAACAGGUU